GAUGCGCACAUUCAUUCUAUCUCCGCACACAGAAUUCUUAGGUUAUUCCAAAAUCCAAAUUACCUGAAAUCAAAUGGCUCUGCGGAUUCAUGCUAUUCCCACACCAAGGCUCUUCUCCUCCUCCUCCUCCACCCCCAUCACCACCCACCUCUUCUCUGCAAGGCUCAACACGCGAAUCUCAUGCACCAAGAAUAACAAUAACAACAGCAGCAACAAGGGCAUUAGCGACGCCACACUGGCCACAGAGCUAGGCAUCAGGAUUACCGGCAUCAGAAGCCGGGUGAAGCAGACUGAGCAAGCCAUAAACAAGAGCCGCCACCUCCUCUUCCGCCACCUCUGCGAGUACAUGGGUCUCAACGAAGACAACGCCAAACUCCAAUGGACCAAAAUGGAAGAUAGCCAAAAAUGGGCAUUGGUUCAAGGCUUUGUCGCCGAGUGGGGUGCACUCUUUCACCCAUUGUCCGCAAGGUCCACUAAAGACAUGGUCGAGGAGUAUCUUAAACAAGGGAAUGGGACUGGGACUGGGGCUGGGAACCCAUCUACAGAUUCAGCUUCUGAUUCUCUGGUUCAUUUCGUGGAAUCAAGAGGAUGAUUGGUUUCUCAGAGAGAACAUGAGUUUUCCAGAACUAGUUGGGAGUUAAGAUGUUCUUGUUGGUUAGAAUUUUUGUUUCUUUUUUUACAAAAUUAGCUCAGGAAAAGAAGAAAAUUUAAUUUGAUCCAAAAGAAAUCCAUGAGUUGUGAGUUGUGACCUCUUUUUUCUUUCUUAUAUUUUUCAGUUGAUGUUUUUUUUCGCUUGGCACAACUGAAUCUCAUUAAUAUGUACUCAGCAGCAUGGAUAACCGAAGAUGCUUAACUAAAUUGAAAAGAUGACAUAAAACACUCGAUCUGAGAUGAAAAUGAAAACUAUUAUUACUGUUUGGUGCUCGGUUAUAAAUCAAGGAGAUUGUUAUGAUGGAAUGGAACAGACUACUACAAGAGACCUACAAAUUAGAUAGUGCAAACUGAAAUGAUGUGUAAUUAAUUAUACAAGUAUCACCACUUAAUUUGCAACUCGACUAUUUCAUUACUCCUCAAAAGUACUAAAAUAAACAUCAUAUCGAUCUAGUCUUUUUUGAGAAGCAAAGUUCAUGCUC